UCUCCUGGGGGAACCUGGCAGGUCAGGACAAGCACGCAGGCAGGAAGGAGGGCAAAGCGGCAGAGGUGACACCUCUGGCAGUGCAGGGGGACCCAGGCUGUUACAGGGCCCCCCUCACAGCGUGAUGUCGGCCAUGUGGGCUUGUCUGGUUUUGUCCGUGCUCUUGGGCUGGGGCUGCAUAGCUGGCGGGAAGGCGCAGCAGCUGGGAACACCCCUCUCCGACCAGGAGUACCGCCAGUUCUUCAUGUCCCUCCGGGCCGCCGGCCGUGCCAGGACUGCCUGCCUUCUUCGCAUGUUGUACGGCUGCCAGAACCCCCUGGUGCAGAGACUGGACAAGUAUGAAAACCAUGGAGCCAUCCCUGAGGGGCCCAUAUGCUCCGAACUGCCAGGAAAUCCUUUCUUCCCCAACUUCUGCACCUUUUCUCUUUAUCGCUGUACUAGGAAAUGGUAUUUCAUUAAGAGGACUGCAUGCCCAGGAGAGCUGGGCAGAACACAAGCCUCCAAUGACAUGGCUAUGAGCAGUGAUGCCAUGUCUUCCACCAUCUUCAGGCCCCAGCUCCUUUUUCCCAUGUCUCCAGCAACUGCCCAGCCAGCUCACUCCAUCACUGACACAAAAAUAGUUGUGAUCCCCGCCUCUUCACCUGAGUCAAAGAACAUUCAACCAAAUCCUUCUGACCCACAUGCCACAGAGGUGACGGCCAGAGGCCAGCAGCAAGGACGGCUGCCCACCAGUGACAUCCAAGAUCUCCUCCUAAGGCUACAAGACACCUACGUGCAGAGUUCGGCGCAGACACUUCAGUGGCUGUUGACCAUGGGGAACGCAGCGAGGGAGACAGACGUGCGGGCUGCCGCCCUGAGGCUGCUGGCGGACCUGAACAACGCCAGAGUGUCUGAGCGGCCAGCCAGCACUGACACAUGGCACAGAAGAAAGAAGUGAGCAGCAAAGGAGGAGGAGCAGCUGCUGUGGCUCUUCUACGUGGCACAGAUUCAGAUAUGCUGUCUCAGAGGAGAUGUGUGGGAAGAGGGAAACAUGAGGAGGAGUCCUCCUUCCUAGGCCUGAGGCAUCCUCAAGACUGACAGUGCUUCCCCAGGCCAACAGUGUGGGAAACAAGGUGCAAAGCCGUCUUUUCCGAGUGCAUGGGAGAACCCAGGCAUAUGAAAUGGUAUUGCUCAGGAUUCAAAGAGAAAGAUGUCAUCCUCUUGGAAAUAACUGUAUUGAAGAGAUACUGUCCUCUGCCACAAAACCAGUUCACUUGCUGUUGUUCAGUUUGAGAGAUGGCUAUUCUUGAACAAGACAAGAUGGGAAAAUAAUUCAUUUUUCCUGCUUGGGGUUGUCCCACUAUGAUUAGCUCUUUGUUCUGGGCAUUGAAUUGUGUCAUUCAAUGAACA